CUCCUGCCACGGCAAUCUCGCAUACCCCCAUAGUCGACACGUGGCGACCAUGGCAAGUUCCUCCCGCCACCUGCUGGGACUUCCCGGGGAGCUGCUGGAGCAUGUCCUUUCGUUCCUCCACCCCAAUGACACUGUUCACUUUGGCCGCACGUGCCGCUCCGCCUACGACUUCACACGCCCGUCGAACAAGCUGCUCUGGCGUUCGGCGUUCUUGCACGUCUUCGACGAUCCCCGGGACGUCUGGGCUGAACUGCUGCCUUCUUCUCGAGCCCUGACGAAGACCCGAGAAGCCGGCUGGGACUGGCAUGACGAGCUGGGCCGGCGAAUGCGCGUUCUACGAGUGUUCCAGGACGAUGAUGUCGAUGCCAUUCAAGGAAACCAUGAUGAAAUCACCGGCACCAUCAUCGACACCUUUGAAACGGCUUACAUCGCCACGGGCCGGAAUUUGACCUAUCUAGACCAGGUAUUCCAGGCUUCUUCUAAUGCCGAAAGACUCGUUCAUGAUUUCCACAACGGUAUUGAGAACUACUGCGCAUCAAAUGAUACGCGGGUUGAUCGGUCCAUGAUUACGAGAUCUAUGGUCCCUAGACAACCUGUUUCGCCUGAUUCUUCGAAAUUGCACGUUUUCUACGGACCAACCCGCCGAGAGUUCGCUUCGAAACCUUCUCGAGUGGGGGCGAGGGCUGUCGUUUACGAUUGGUCUAUUACAGGCCCGGAUGCCGAUCACGGGCCAUUCAUCAAAGAUCUCAGCGGUCAAGUCAAUUGGACAUCAAUGGAAGCCAUCGCUAGUCUUAUGUCGCGGAACUUUGACUCCGCAAAAGACGUACAUCUGGAGACUCCGAUCGGCUUCCGGAACAAUAUUCGCCAUUUAUCGCCCCAAAAUCCCGAGUUCCCCAACGACUGGGCUGGUGUAUCUGGAAAGUGGAUUGGCACUUACGCUUUUCUCGACUACAGAGAUUUGGUGCAUUACAACAUCGCUCAUGGCCCAGAACAUGGCGCUGGGUUGGAGUCGUAUGAAGAGGCGACCGGAGAUCUCAUGCUUUUGGACCUAAGGCUGGACGAAUCCGACGAGGCCAAGAACGAUCCCAGAUUUCGCACGCCGUUACCAGUAUGCGAGGAUCUUCCUGUGCUGUAUUUCUCCGGUAUUUCACGAAGUCAUCGUUCUCACACUCCACGUAUCAGCAUCCGGGGAAGUGCCUCUUUAGUCCCGGGAGGCAGAGAGGUUCGAUGGCGCUUCCUUAUCAAUUACGCGGGCGCAGACCAAUGGCAACUUGAAGGAGUCCAGCCCGGAGGCGUUCGCUCAGGAGGUAUUUUUGGCAUCUGGACGCAUUGCGAUCAUGAUGAGAAUGGCCCGAUUGGGCCGUUCUGCUACUACCCUUAUUCGCUUUGUGAGAACAAGGAAGAGCUUGACUUCUGACCUCAGCGAGCUUUGCUUAAAUAUGUACAUGAAUUAGGUUUGAUCUCAUCUUUCUCCUCGGCAUUCGCUUCGAAUUUACGUAAAUUCACGACACCAAUGCUGUGAAAGCCCGUCUAUCGUCCCUCCCUGCGUAGUGAGACACCCUUCGUGCCGAGACAUAGAGGAGUACUUUGACUUGAAGCAACUUGAUUUCGGUGCACACAAUGAUAUUUGGGUCAGUUCUAUAUAGGUUAUUUGCGAU